AUAGCGAUAACUCAAUGUUUACAUACGCUCUCCAAAAAGUGCAUACUAUCUAAGUUAUAAUGCAAAAUACGCUGCUACCAUCAGAAUACCACAAAUAAUAACAAUUUACGUUGGCAUAUCAUUUAAUAAAUAUUUUACGUUAAAACAACAAAUAUAUGCUCUGAGGGUAUUCAAUAGUCGGUGCAUUUUGCGAAUAUCUCAGAAACAAAGGCGUCCAACUUAUUAUGGUUUAUCAGUGUUUUGGCUUCCGUUUGUGGGGGAUUAGUCACUUUGCAGAUUUAUAAAAUCAACAUAAUCGGUAGAGUCCCGAUAAAAAAAAGCAAAUAAACAAAAUAUAAACUCAUUGCUCAGCUGCUUAUUUGUUUCAUUCUUGCGUUCUCAUUUGCAACCAGAUGGCAAUGCACACUGUGGGUGCCAGACGCUUACUGCCCCACCAGCCCUCCGAGGACUUCCCCAAUCCAGAUGACGAGCCCGAAAGCCCAGCCAUUGAGGCUGCCUUGGCCAUUUCAGCAGAUACAUCUGAUCAGACACACUCAAAAGCUUGCUGGAAGAAGAGCUUUCCACAUAGGUUUACGCCUACUGCCGAUGAGAGCACUGAGCUGCGCUUAGAGAUUUUGCAGGCGAACAUAAUGCCCCGCGAGACCGACGAUACCAACAUCAAGCGAUUCGUUGUUUAUGAGCUGACAGUGCGCCUGGACUCCAGUAUACUGGAUGAGCAACCUGCCACAAUUGAACGUCGCUACACGGACUUUCGCGAGCUGCAUCAGUGCCUGAAACGCCAGUAUCCCAACAUGAUGAGCAGCAUAAAAUUUCCCAGCAAAGUGCUAGUGGGCAAUUUCUCCAUACAGCUGAUUGGUGGACGUAGCAACGCUUUUGAAGUGUUCCUCAGACAGAUCACUGAGCAGCCGCAGCUGCGUGAUUCGGCGGCAUUUUUGCGCUUUCUGCAGCACGAAGAGCUGACCAGGGCGUGUCAGUAUCUGGACGAGCGACGCAAUGAGCUGGCCAUACCCUUGCUCGAGAACUGUUUUCGUCUGCUCAACAAAGUCUACAUGAAUCGAUCGCGACCCGUAUUGCUAAUACUUUGUCGACUAGUCGCUGCCUGCACAGCGACACCAGUGCCGCAUCAUUCGGCGGAGCGUUGGGCCCUCCUGGCGCUCACUCGCUUUGAAACGCUCUGUGAUAUUGAUCUGCUGCCACUCUAUAUACCCCUGCUGCACACUUGCGAGCAUUUGUGGUGGCAGUGUGGCCGGGAUCAAAAGCGCCUAACUGACCGCUUGACGGAAAUGUCGAGGCAGGGCAUUCCCAUAUCAAAUAAAACCAGUCUUAUGCAGGCUAUUCACGAAAUCGAUCCACGCACCGAAACCAUUUGAAGCAUAAUCAUAUUGUGUGCAUAUACUCAUACAUACUCACACAUUUAUUUAUAGAAAACUCAUAGAGCGUUAGCGCUAAGCUUAAAGUGCAAUUACUAAAUUAUUGUGCAAUUAGUAUUAACAUAUAUGUCAAUAUAUCUGUAAAAUGUGAUUUGUCUCAUUUCGUCUCAAUUUUUGUAACCAACCGUUUUUGUUUCCAUGCACGUAAUACAUCGUAAAUAUUGUGAAUUAUAUUAUUGUCUGUAGUUCCCUUGACGUGAUUAUAACUAUAAAUCAAAUUUUAAAGCACACAAGUAAAAUUGUCAAUAUUCAACAUUCCUUGAAUUUAUCCAAUAUUGAAAGCAAAGUAAAAAUAUCGCCUUAGAAGGAAAUUGUAAAAUACAUCAUAAAAUAAAGUUAUAUUUUGUUGUUUUUUGUUUUUGUGUAUUAACAAA